AUAUACAUGACGCUUCCCUUAGACAAAGAUAAAGGCAGCCUUGAGACACAGACCAAGAGUUAAAAUGGAGGGUAAAAAUUCAUUACUUUAAGAAAUGAAGAUUAUUUUUUCUUUUCCUGUAAUUUUGAUGAGAUUUCACAUGGAUUCCCAGCUGUUGGCCUUUCUUCAUUAUUAGUUAAUAAGAACUCACCACAAGAUAUCAGAAGACUCAAUUCCCUUUGUUGAGAAGGAUGAUCUUCAUGAGUUCCUGUUGCCUAUCCAAAUGGCAGAUGAUACAGCUGGUCUGUCCUGUGUCUUUGUGCCUAGUGAUUCACCUGUUAGUUGCAGUGCAAAAUUACCAGCAAAGAUGAACAAACGUGUUCUGGAGGAGGAAGGACUGUAUGUCCGUGAAAGACCCCAUGUAUCAAAAAAACAAAUGAACAGGAUGGAGAAUCGGCUUCUUAAAGAGGGAAAACACUGGUUUGGCGAAGAUGGCAAUAUGAUUGCAUUGCCAGAUCCAGUAAGACAUUCUUGGAAUCAUAAACUGGAUUUCCCUUUCCUGAAUGAUGAUCUUGCUUUGAAAGCUGAGUAUGUUAAAGCAAGGGUAAACAAACCAGAGCAUUCUGUAAUGUUAUUUUCUGAAAUGUGUGGUCAAGUGUGCCAGCUGGAUCUAAAUAUUUCAAGCUUGAUUUUUACACAUCAUCCUCUAUUCAGUCCAGAGCAUGUGCUUGCUUCCAAGCUAAUUCAGCUUUAUGACAGCUAUCAAAGCAGAGAGCAAAGGAAUGUGACUGUCCUAAUGUCUGAAAAGCUACAAGCUUUAAGGCAUGCUGAAAGAAACUUGAGAAUGAAUGUGAAAGAAAGUUCUGCAUUUGUGAAAAAAAUAAAAUCUUUGGAGCAGCAAGUAAGAGAAACACAAAAGAUGUAUGAUAAGGAGAGACAGACAGAUCUCUUACUGAUGAAGAAUAUUAUACUCACCUGGAAUCACAUCAAGUCUCUGAGAAGAUUUAAUAAAUAUGUCAGUACAAAAGUAAAAUUACAAGUACAAAGGAGAGAAUUAGAACAAGGGACAGAUUCUUCACCGAACAAUGGAUAUCACCCUAAAGAAACAGGCAAUUUAAAGGUAGUGGGACAGAAAUCCAGGAACUGUGACCAAGAGAUAGAAAUCUCACAAGUGUAUACCUGUGAGGAUCUUAAAAAACUUGAAGAUUGUGAAACCCCAUAUCAAGCUGCAACUUUUCAAAACAUACAAAAAGAGAGAGUUUCAGAGAAGUGGCAAAGACCAAGAGAGCCUAUCUUAGUUCCAGUGCUUACGAUGAAUGAAGUAGUCACUCCAAUGCAACUCUGUCCACAUGAUGAGCAGAAGAGAAGAUGGGAUGUACAAAAGCACAAGCUCAUUGUAAAUAUAUUUUGCAAUGAAAAGCAUGUUUCUUCCUCCAAGAAAAUCAACCUCAAUAAUGAUUUCAGGGUUGACUUUCAGCAGAUUUUUAGUAUUCUAAUAAUAAACUGUCCAGAAUACCUAAGGUUGGAGGUUUCCGAGUUUACACAUAAAGACACCAAUGUUCUGGCUAAUAUCUAUGUGCCAUUUCCAGACAGAAAUUUGCUGUCAAGCAAUGCUAAACCUGAAUGCUCUGAAUUUAGCAGUGACCGGAUCGUUGCACCUCAGCACGAAGGAGUGGGAAGCAAUGUACUCUUCCAUUUGGAUAAGCGAGAACCAGCAAAGAUUUGUUUACUUACUUCUGGGAAACUGCUUUAUUCUUUGUCAUGGGCUGUAGAUAAGGACGGCUUUCCUAUGGCACCAUCAAUGCCCCAGACAGAUGUUAUUUUUAAACAACUGAGUGCAACACAGAAGACUUGGCGUAGCAAUAAAGGAAACCUCUUAGAAUCAAUUAAACAUUUUUACUUUGAUCCAAACGAUCCUACAAAUGUGGAACUGACAGAACUUAUUAAGCAAUCCACUGGAGACAGUCAUCCUGCUCCAGAUUAUUUUCGGCUAGGAUCUCUUCAGGAAGAAUUCAGCUUUGUGACAGAUGAGCAGUUACGAGAGUCCAAACGCUUCCGUCUUCUGGAAUUGAGGAAUUUAGAUGUUUUUGAAUUCUCUGGCCUCAAACAGGUGCCACUUCAUGAUGGAGACAUUUCGGAUUCAAUGUUUGAGGAUUGUGAGAUAUCCCACCAGACUGCAACUACUUGUGAUGAAGACCCAAUUACAGCUCAAAGAAUGCAUUCUUUUAAUUAUGUGAAAAAGGUGCUGAAACAAACAAGAAAAAGAUUGGCUAGGGUCAAGAAAAGAUAUAAACUAUCAGACAUUGUCACAGAAUAUCAAGAUGCUGAAAACAUUGUGGAACUAAAUUUCAAUAUGUUCAAGAGAGCGCAUCCCUUAAAGCCAAGGAGAGAAAACAGGAAAAGCAUACCUGCGCAUACUCUGAGAGAUGGAGAUCUCAAGAUUCAUGUCGGCCUGCGGAGCGCACAGAAUAUCCCAGUGCGCAAACAGACACUGCUCAGGCAGCCCAUUUUCCAAGGAUCAGCUUGUUCUCUAUCAAGAAUAUCCAGCAGUAGACACUUCUUUAAGAAAUGCACUUCAGAGACUGAAAUCCCAAAGGUUCAGGUGAGACCAUCUGCUGAAAUUACAUUUCAGGAGUCUGUUCAUGAAACUAUCACAGCAAAUGGGCCAAACCCAUACUGGAAUGAAGACUUUUUCCUGGAUUUCAAGUCAGUUGGAGGCGAUUACAGGCUUUCAAGUUUAUCAAAAAUAAAGGAUAAUAUAAUUAUUAAUGUUUUUGAUGAAAUAUCUUUAGAGGUAAAGGAGAGCAACACCCUUAAAGGCUGUAGCCUUCAAACCUAUUCUGGAAAGCAGUGGCUGGGAUGUGUUGUUCUACCCUUUACAUCUAUACUUCAGCAAUCAAAGGUGAAUAACAUCUUACGUAUCAGUACUCCACCAGUCCUGCUGGGAUACACAUGGAGUACGGAAGAAAACUUCCCUGACAUGAGAGGAAGUGAAAAUGAAUCUUGCUUUUUGUCAGUUUUUGUUACACUCGAUCCUCCAGUUUCUGUAAAAGAAGAUGCUACAGGAAAGGACUGUGAACAAAAACCCCUGUGGUUGUUUCCUACAAGUGAAGAUAGAAAGCUAUUAGAGAUGGUGUAUGCAUUUGAGAAACAAUGCAAGGCUGCCAACCCUGAGAGGAGGGUUGUAACUACUGUUGUAAAUGAAGAAGGCAAAAAGAUUCUCGCAACAAGAUUCAUAAAACCACUGCCUCCUCCCCCAGAGCUCCUGCACGAUGACAUGGAUACAUCUUCAGACCAUGUGGUUUCAUUUGUAUCUUUAAUUCCACUGCUGCCCUUCUCCACAGAUGUUGGAGAAGAAUGUGAAAUGUGGAUCACUUCUGAGCAAUGCAUUCAUUUGGCUGUUGGGAAUAGAGUCAGCUUAGCUAUUCUACUGUGCAACUAUUUUCUUUAUUUGGGCAAGAAGGCUUGGCUGAUCCUUGGAACAUCUGUUUUGAAGGGAGAAACAGCUUAUGUGUUGACUCAGGAAAUGAAAAAGUAUAUCCUUUGGAAUCCAAGUGAUGGAAAAUGUUUUGAGCAAUUUGACAUGUUUUGUCCACUGAAAACAGUUGAUUGCUUAAUUAAUGGUCAAAAUAUAUGGUUCAAUUCAGCAGACAACAGCGUGAUGUCCAUGUGUUUUGAUGUGUCAAAGGACUCCUCAUGGAAGCCCCUGUUUCCAUCUGAUUUUGUUCUUUCUGAGUAUGCACCUUUGCAGACAAAACACAAUUAUUUUACAUCAAACAUGGAAAAUGUCAAACAACUACAGAAGAGAAUUGAAAAAACCUUGAAAAAAUGCAUAAUGGAUUGGAGAGUACAACACCGGACAAGAUGGAACCACCAGUGCAUUGCUUUGCUCCAGGAGUUUCUUACAAAACUGGAACACUACUCUGGUGCUUCGAUUAUAGAAGAGGAAUCAAGGAAGAUUUACAGGAAGAUGAAAGAAUACAAGGUUACAGGCUUCCCUCUUCAUAUACCUUAUGUUGAUAUGGAAACAGUAAUUGAAACAGUCUACAGUACCAGGAUUCACAGUACUGAAAUUCCUGAAACGGAAUUUGCUCUUGCAGUUUAUAUAAAUCCAUAUCCAAACAAUAUCCUGUCACUCUGGAUUUUUCUUGCAGCCCUGGUCAAACAUUAGCAAGGAAGUUUUCAAUUGUCAGGAGGAAAUGGGCAUUGCUACCCAUAAAGAAAAAAUGUUUCCUGUUAAUGACCAAUGUUUCCUCAACAAAGAUCAUAAUAAUUAACAAAGUUUUAAGAAUAAACAGAUUGAUAUAGAAAAUAUUAAAGUGCAAGAUAAUAUCAAAA